AUGUCUACUUUCCAAGCAGUCAACACCACAUUGUCGGUCCCAGAUGCGCCACAGGGCCGCCCGGGUGACGAGACGACGCCGACUACUCCUCGACCGAACAGCAGGUUCUUUGCCGAAUCGAAAGCGACCGAAGAGAUCCGUGCCGAAGACCCAUCGGCUAAGACACCUACACGCAAUACCUUUGCGGGUCUUGUUGGCCAGCGACCACUGCCCUCGUCGCCGUUUACCCCCGGCCGCGAGCUGAGCGAGACACCUUCAGCUUCGAAUAAGAGCGAACAAAGUAGAGAGGACUCGCAUAGGCCAACAACCUCGGGACAAGAUGUGCAUAUGGGUGAUGGGGAUGAUGACGAGAAAGACGGAUCGGACAACGAUAGCGUAACCAGCGAUUCCAACCGGCCGUCUAAAAAGAAGAAAGGACAACGCUUCUUUUGUACCGACUUUCCGCCGUGCAAUCUAAGCUUCACGAGAAGUGAGCAUCUGGCACGACACAUUCGUAAGCAUACUGGUGAAAGACCCUUCCAAUGUCACUGUUCCCGGCGAUUCUCGCGACUCGACAACCUCCGACAACAUGCCCAAACAGUUCACGUCAACGAAGACAUACCUUCAGAAUCGCUAGCUGCAACGGGUACGAGGUUCCAAAGGCAGAUCCGGACCGACAGAAGGCCACAGCAGAAACCUCUCAGCUUCAAGCAUAAUCUCUACCGCUUCGACCAUGAGCGCGGCACCUUCUCCCGACAUUCGACGUAG